GAUAAUCCGCCACCAGACGACUAGAGUUUGGGCAAACACCUACCAACCUAAGGCUUGGACAAAGGCCCACUUCAACCAUCCGCCCUCGACAAAGCAUACCAAUUGUGUCACAUUACGAUCCAUGAUGCGCAUCGGCUGGCUUUCGAUUUAAUAUCGAUCCGCAUCUUCAUCUCAUCUCUCAAAUACUCACUCCAGACUUCCCCGUCGACAUGACGCCUAGAUCCAACCAGUCCCCAAGUGUGGGCCAACCCACCCCUCCAGCUGUCCCCUCAGUCACCACUGGAACCACAGCUGUUGGGACCAACGACUCGGACAGCGACAACCAGCCUGAAGAAAGGCCAACUCAUACUUCUGAAAUCGGCACGCUGAAGAAACUACCCAAUCACCAAACCGCCUGGCUAGGAAGUUCUUCCGGCGUCUACUUUGUCAACACAGUCCGCCGUGCUUUCUCCGCUGCUUUCGCUUCGUCCCACCUCGCCGGGCCCAAUGCUGUCCCUGCCAGUGAAGAUAUCCUCACCGGCGAAGACGCUGACGGCCACUCGUACAAUGGUCCUCUACACGAAGGUCCCUCCACAACCGAUCCGUUUCCGCAUUUGUUGGCCACGAGUUUGGGUAAGCCACCUGAUCGCAAGAUUGCCAACGAUCUGGUCAUGUCCUUUUUCACCACCUGGCACCCUCUAUUCCCCUUCUUACAUGGGCCCACUUUCCUCAAAGACAUGGAGUUGAUAUAUCAACGCCAGCGCCGACCUUCCACCACCUCCACCACUUCACCUGCCCCUCAUGAGCUGCGCAGGCUGGUCACCUUCCAGCUCAUCAUCAAUAUUGCAUCGCUCGACCGCUCCGACAUCCAUCUCCCCGCAGAAUCUCGAAUCAGAUCCACCGCAGACGUCAGCCGUGUCGCUGGUUGCUUUGCUCUUUCACAUGAUCUAUCCACCAUUCAGGCCCUCCUGGCCGCUGAGCUCUACCUGGUUGCCUCUCUUGCUAUACGUCAAGCCAGCACCGUCGCCGGUGCCAUAGUCAAGUUAAUUUACCACGCUGGUCUACAUCGUUGCCCCUUACGCUACGCUCAACUUUCACAAGAAGAUUGCGACAUUCGAAAACGCAUCUUUUGGUCAGCUUAUGCCCUUGAUCGCCACUGCAGUCUGAGUCUGGGGGAUCCCAAUACCAUUCAAGACGAUGAUAUCGAUGUCUGUCUUUCAGGUCCUGAGCUACACAAAGCUGUCAUUCGCCAAUUGAUACCCAACACUGAUGCUCCAGCCUCACAAAUGCCGCCGCCCCGUCUCGCGACUGAAGAUCCUAGAGUACAGAAUAAUGACGGGCCUGAAGCUCGAGAAAAGAGAACCAGAGAAGCUGCAUUGACAGCAUAUGUCCAAUGGAGCAAAUUGACCGGUCAAAUCAUCGAAGUCUUCCACAAAAGCAUCAAUCAUCGCUUUCCCAAGCACCAACAAAUCCUGCGAUUGACAAGUGACAUUGAGACGUGGUGGAAUGACUUGCCCCCUUUCCUCACUGGCGAAGCGGAUUCUGAGAGCCUACCAGAUCCUGAGCAUGCUGAUAACACCGGCGGAUCUGGCGCACAUCCAUCCACCACUGCAACUGGGCAUCCAGCCAGUGGAAGCACGACACCCCAUUUUCCCUCUCAGCAGAAUCUAGCCCCAUUCUUCAAGAUUCUCUACCAUCGAUUGCUCCUUCUCGUCAACCGACCACGCCUUUCACUUGACCAGUCCACACCAGAAUUUCAGCAUGGUUUACAGGUCUGCAUUCGUGCCUCCCGUGGCAUCGUCACCGGUCUUAAGGAGCACAAACAGAGUGCCCAGUCCAUGUUCCUUCCAGGACUACUCUCCGCGGCCUGGAUGUCAGGCCUCAUCAUCGCCUUUGCUUGUCAACUGGGCAAAUAUGCCAAAGCCCGAGCCCUGAGUGACAUGCAAGCGUGUCUGAAUCUCCUCGAUGCCAUGAAUAGCCGCUGGUAUACAGUGGGCAACUGCCACAAGGUCUUGUCGCUGCUUCUGGUCAACAUCCAAGGACGCAAAGCAUCCAUCAACGGAUUUCUGACCAUUCCCAAGCCCUCUGCCGAAAAUUCCUCUCCCUCUGUCGAUGUCGAUCCUGUCCAACCCAGCCGCAAGCGUCAGCGCACCAAUGCUGACGAAGGCCAGACCUCGCCACGCAAGUCCUCUGGUGUUGACUCCGCCCACAGCAGCCCUGUGCAGCCGCCGUCCAACACCAACCCUCCCCGGCUGAAGCACCACCCGUCCUCCACCAACAACUCGACUCCGUCCUGGGCGCCAUCUGCGACCUUCGAGACAAACAAUCCAUCUGCCCUGUCCAAUCCCAGCGGCAUCCACGCGUCGGCCUUUGACUUUUCCCAGUGGGAUCGUGGGCAUCCGACCACCCAACCGCAGUACAAUCACGGCAUCGGCAGCGCCGUGUACGCCACUCCACAGGACCUGGCGUUUGCGCAAAGCACAAUGAAUAUUGCGUCUGGCUCGGGGCUCGGCGGGGCCGCGGCUACUAGUAAUAAUAGCAGCGGUGACAUACACAAUCAAGGCACCAUCACCGAAUACUCAGACCCCAUGUUCUGGGGGAACAUGGACUAUAACGUGACGGAUAUCUUCGGAAGCGCCACAUGGGAAAACAUGACGGGCCCGUUUGCGCCUGGCGGCGGCGUCAACACUGGCUGGGAGAUGUAGUGCAGGAAAAUGUCUCUUAAAGGGGCGUUGCAGCAAGAGCAAAGUAACAACUAUGUGGCAGAAUAUAAGAUUAAUCUAUGUUAGACAGGCAAAAGGUUGUGGCGGGCUAAGCGAGAUCUGCAAGCCAAGGACAGCUGAGAAGACGGGAAUCAAAAGAUACGAGGUGGCGCAUUCUUUAGGCUUGGGAGCAUACCGGCAACCCACCAAGGAUAGGGAACGUGAUACACGCGAGCGGAUGGGCGUGUCGAGUUGGCUGACAAGCAGCUAUCAAGAUGUCUGGAACGAUACCCCCAUUAUGUAGUAGAUAUACUUUUUGUAGGCACCGGUUUAAAG